UACAUAUCAAGUGAAGACCCUUCUGAAAACUUAGUUCACAUAGUUACAUUUAUAAUGAAAGUGUAUUUACCUAUGUGGUUUCAAAUAAAACUGAACGAUUCAAUUGCAGAUGGUGCGAGACAUGUCUUCACUAUGAUUAAAAAUUCUCGGUACUUACCAGAACAUCUUCUGAGAGUAGUUGAUCCUGUGAUACAACACAAUGCUUAUUUCGCGCAUCCUGAAAAUUUGCUUUUAUCUAUGGUCACAGAUGAAAAUCGGAAUGUACGUAAGAUUGGGGUACAAAUGAUUUUAAAAGCCAGAGAUACAACUUCUACUGCGAAGAAUUCGGUGCGCUCAUUCAUUUUGCCAAAACUGAACUUUAAUGCCACUAAUUACUAUGAAAUGAUCGACUGGUCUUCUACAAUACUAUCACCUCCUCCAGUACUAAGAAAUGUCUUAAAUGCAGAUCUGUUAUCUUCCAUUGAUAACCAACCAUCUAUCUCUCAAUGGAACUUGUCAAGCUUUCCAUGCCACACUCAAGCGGUAGAGCGAACUGUUAAGCUUGUCACUGAAGCGUCGAACAAGUUUGCCUAAAUUUGAUCACAAAUCCCAGUUUGUAAUUAACACAUAAAGAGAGUUCACUG